AUGAGUGCGGCGAAUUACCCGGAUCCUACCCUUCCUCCCCCUUCUCAGAGUGAUGACUUUGACUUGAUCGUCCGCCAGCAGCCCACCCGGGCGCGUGUGGCCGGCGGGAAGGAGAAAGAACGCAAACCCGUUGACCCGCCGCCGAUUGUGCAGAUCAGGGUGAGGGAGGAAGGGACCUAUCUUGCUCAGCAUUAUCUGCAGAGCCCGUAUUUCUUCAUGUGCUGUAGUCUCUACGAUGCGCAGGAUGAUGCUCCAGCUCCAGGCUUACCGUCCACUAACCUCACUGGAACCUUGGUCUCGUCGCUGCAUCGACUAAAGGAUGUGGAUAACACCGACGGCGGCUUUUUCGUAUGGGGAGACCUGUCUGUUAAAGUUGAAGGAGAUUUCCGGCUGAAAUUCACGCUCUUUGAGAUGCGAAAAACUGAGGUUGUGUACUUGAAGUCAAUCAUUUCGGAUCGGUUCACCGUUUCGCCACCGAAGAGCUUCCCCGGAAUGGCCGAGUCGACUUUCCUCUCCAGAUCGUUUGCGGACCAGGGUGUGAAGCUCAGGAUCCGCAAGGAGCCGCGAACUAUAAUUAAGCGACAAGCGCCACGGCCAGAAGAAUUCCCUCAGGCUCUCCCACGCUCUCCCGAACGCUCCUCUAUGCAGAUUCCUGCAAGUAACUACCCUACGUACCAGGCACCGAAUCGUGACUACGCGUACUAUGGACCUGUGAAGCGUCAGCGAACAUCGGUCGAUUUUGGUACUAGAAACGUUUAUGAACCGGAAGGGCGGAUGCGUCAGAUAGAGGCAUACCCCCAAACUGCGGCCAUGUAUGGUCAACCGGGAAGCUAUCCGACUCCUAUGAUGCCAGGAUAUCCUACUGGACACACUGGAGUGCCCGACUAUGCGAUGUCGUACGGGCUUCCAUCAUCUACUCAAGUCUCCCAGAUCCAAGAUCCGGGUGCUCAAAGCCGGUCUAGUCAGCAAGCGACUAUGCAAUCUUUAGGCAUGGUGAAUCAACCGGGUACACCUACUCCAGAGUCGACACGAGCAAUGAUGCAACAAGGAUAUCCUCGACCCCACUACACCGGUAGCUCUACAGUUCUUCCACCCCUGCAACAAGGACGCAAUUACCCGCAGGGGACGAACGGCACAUCGGCGAGAGGAUAUUUCGAACCAUCGCCCCAGGCAGCUACGCCCAUACUGCCAUCUCAGCCUCUCGCACCGAGUGAAGCCGAUCGAUAUGGUGUCACACCAGGCCAGACAGGGUUUGACCAUCCAGGCUCAGCAAAUGGAACCCCCCGUUAA